AACCAACUUAACCAUCUUGAUCAUAUCUAUCCGACCCUCUGUGACUUGACGUUGCUCGGCAAUGCAUGUGAUGAUCUUCCGACAGAGGCUUCCUGGAUAAGAGUCCUGUCCACCUCUUCGAAUAAGACUCCGUGAUGCCGACGCUUACUAGCCGUGCGCUUCCUUGCACGCGAAGCCGACGAGAGAUACAUCCCAUCAAUUGUUCGAGCUCCGUUUCUAGUCCUCGCGUUUCUCCCCCACAUCAGUUCUAUCUUUCCUCGACUCCACGGUUCUCAGCUCAGCAUGAGCUUCUUCGUGGACCCUCGUUGACGCCUGCGUCACAACCACAGUUCUCGCAAACUAGGUUCCAUCCGUCCGCUUUCGACGGACUCGAGCGGCCGCGGGGGGAUCAUGAACAACCGGACGAGCGCGUUCUCAGGCUCGGGAAAACGCUUCGAAUCCUCUCACCUCUCCUCCCGAACAUCCUCACCAAUCCUCUGCCACCCAAGAUCCUCUCCCCUAGCAUAACCUUGCACCUCUUCCCGUCCACGCACCCUCAUCUCCCCACCGUGAAAGGGCGCACCCUCUACCGAGCCGCACUGUGGACAGUGCCCGUUGCCUGGAGCAGCCUGCCCCUCCUCGGCAACGUCAAACUCAAGAUUAUCAGCGAGCGCAUCGUCCGCGCCGGCACGGUCCUGGACCCGGCCCGCUAUGCCAGCGGGGAACAAGACGACAGCGAUGAGCGCCUAGUCGUGCGGUGGCGGACCGAACCGCGCAGCGAAAAUCAUCAUCACCCUCAUCAACAGCAACAACAACAACAACAACAACAACAACCCUCCUUCACCUCCAACCCGCAUCCCACCACCUCCGCUUCCUCGUCGCCGGCCUCGGGGUCCGGCCCCGCGCAAACCGGAACCAACAAGGGCCUCAGCGUGCUGCUGGGCGGGGAUGCGCCAAUCUUCAAACUCUCCAAGGAAGAACAGUUCACGGGGCUGUUCAUCUUCUCGUUCGACGACGAGGGCCGCAUCUCGUCGCAUACCAUCGAACACGCCGACGACGCAUGCGGGUGGGAACGGACCCCCAAAUUCGUCACGUUGGCGGACUGGUUGAUCGGGAAGGCCCGGGAGUCGCUGGACCCCUCGCCUGCGGAGCCGGGCCUGGCAUUCCAGGGCGACCACUUGACGACUCCGCGGUACAGCUUCUUCGCGCGCGCGAGGGGCUUUCAUGGGCGUCGGAAGGGGUGUCAGUUAGGAGGGCAUGCCUGAUUUGUUACUGGAGCGAAUUGGCAAGUUAACAUUUGCUGCUGGUGGGCUUGGCAUCUGCUACGGCGCGUUUUAUUUUCACGAGGAGUGAAUCCCGUGACGUUCGCGGAGAAGGGAGCAUGAGAAGAAGAAGGGAGUUUAGCCGGGCGCGCUUCUUUUUACCUUCUCCGAAAGGAAAAAGCUCUCCCCCGGGGCGGGCCUGAUGGAUAUUUGCAGGGCUGUUAUUUGAGCUUAUCUGGGUUCGGUGUUUGACCUAUCUCAUCUCCCAUUACUGUACAAGUCUUCACACAUGUAAAUUAUGCCACAUAGGUCAUGAAUAAUGACUCUAGGUGAAUAAUGACUCUAGCUUGGUGUAUCAG